AUGCCAACCCCACCAAACUACAGCCUCGCCGCCCCCGCCAGGCGCCCGGAGAUUCUCGCCCUGGCGCAGGACCUCAACGGCACUCCGUCGGGGGAAGAGUAUGAGAAGAUGAUCUCGGGAAUGAUGUACGACCCCACCGUCCCCGCCCUCCUGGAAGCCCGCCAUCUCGCCCGCGGCCUGACCGCCGUUUACAACAGCCUUGACACCACGACCGUGCCCUUUGACAAAGUCGGAGAAGUGAGGCUAGACCUGCUACGCAAGUUGGUCGGCAAAGCAGGGGACAAGACCUUCGUCGAGCCGCCCUUCCGCCCGGAUUACGGGUGCAAUAUCUCCUUCGGGAGGGAGGUGUUUGUGAAUUUUGGGUAA